AUGUUCACCAACCAUAGCGCGCUGGGCGAACUGCUCUGCUGGCACAUAAUAGGUGAGGGGCUCGAAGAAUACAUCUGGCGGUAUCUCGCAUUGCAAAAUCAGCAGCAGCACAGUAGUAGUGUCCUAAAACCCAACAGCUUGGUCCAUACCGAGCGCCUGCUGGCAGACACAGCGUCCGCGCACUUUGAAUGGACUGGGCGAAAGUGUGCAGAACCGUCGCUACGUGUCCUAGAACGAGCAAUCAAUACGUUCCCUGUACAACAGCGGAGAGCUGAUGGCAUAUGUUACGUUGCUCUCGAAAUGGUGAUUAAGCGCAUCAUCCUCGAUAGGACUUUGCAACCCUAUCCGGGCCAAUUUUUCGACUUAUUUAUAGAUCUUCGACGCCUGACGAUUGCACGCAUCGUUCGGGAACAGGAAAUCUCUCGACUGAUGCUGUGGCAUCCCACCACGCCAGAUGCUGAACCCAUGUUGCGAUACGUUCAAGGAGACCUAUCUGAAUUGUCCACAAUAUGGCGAGCCUCGAUGCCGGCGCUCAAUGCUUUCGGCAGCGAUCUGUUCAGGGCAAGCUACAUUCUCGAGAAACAAGGCCGUACUGAAGGAGCAGCUUGGCUGAACUUCAUGGUUGAAUCAAGAGUCCCAGCUGUUUGGCACAAACGCAUUGAGGUCUGGAAGCAAUUUGAUAAUGACCCGAAGCUUGACUGCAUACGAAAGCAAGAAGCUCGAAACUCUGGAUACAACACCUAG